AUGCUAAAACCUCAGUUGUAUGCUUUAAUUAAACACCGAAAACCCCAAUUAAAAACAUAUAAGAUAGAUGCGGUCUUAGCUGAGCACGGCCAUUCAGUUUUAAGAAUACCCCCCUACCAUCCGGAUCUAAAUCCGAUUGAGGUGAUUUGGGCCACAGUGAAGGAUUACAUCAAACAAAAGAACGUCAAGUUUUGUUUACAAACAGUUCUCCAGCUUGCAGCCGAGAAAUUCGUCGAGAUCUCUCCAGAAGACUGGAAGAAGCGAUGUGAACAUGUGAAGAAAAUAGAAGAGGACUACCUGAACCGUGAACAUAUUGUAGAGGAAGAGACUGAACGUUUUGUGAUACGUGUGGAUGCCAGUAGUGACAGUGAAAGUGACAACACAGACGAUGAUUCUGUUUCCAGUGAAGACGAUACGAGUGGAAUAGAAGAACUGGACUAA